AUGAGUGACUAUGAGGUGACGCUGGUCAAUGACAACACGCCUUUCGCUGGUGGACACUGGAAAAUCCACGUCGAACUCCCUGAUCAGUAUCCGUAUAAGAGUCCCAGCAUCGGAUUUGUCAAUCGCAUCUUCCAUCCCAACAUUGAUGAGCUUUCCGGAUCCGUUUGCCUGGACGUUAUCAACCAAACAUGGUCCCCGAUGUACGAUAUGAUAAAUAUUUUCGAGGUCUUCCUUCCGCAACUGUUACGUUACCCGAACCCCUCGGAUCCGUUGAAUGGCGAGGCCGCUGCAAUGCUCAUGCGGGAACCCAAGAGCUACGAGGCGAAAGUGAAAGAGUACGUGGCCAAGUACGCGAGUAAAGAAGCGGUCGACGAGGCCGGCGAAGAUACUGAGUCAGAGGAUGAGCUGAGCUCCGCCGGUAGCUACGAGUCUGGCGGGGAGGAGCCCGCCGGCACAAUGGACGAUGUCUAG